AUGGAGGGUGAUAUUAUCAUGGUCAUCAAGGUGAACAUUUCAGUUGUGAUAUCUUUAUGCUAUUGUUAUUGGAUUGGUAGAUCAAUCUCUGCAGGAACAAGAAGACUUCUCUUUUUAGCUCCUAUCAUAUGCUUCUUCCUCUUCAUCCCUUUCAACUUCUCAAGUGUGCACUUGAGAGGCAACACUGGAUUCUUCUUUGCAUGGCUUGGAACCUUCAAACUCAUUCUCUUUGCCUUCAACAAAGGUCCCUUGUCCUCUGAUCCAUCAAUUUCUUUAGGACGUUUUGUAGCUUCUGCUUCCCUUCCUAUCAAGAUCCAACAGAAUCAACCACACAUCAGAUCCAAAACCUCUCAAGAUGGCAAAACCCCACCACCUCCAGAUCCAUCAAAACAUUCCAAAAGUUCACAUUUUGUGACCAAUCCAUCUUCAGAAACGCCAAAAACCAAUGGCCAGAGCAAAGAAAAGACAUCUCCUACCAACCCCAGCAAAGGUCACACCCCACUUAUACCAUAUGCAAUAAAGGCCAUUCUUUUGGCUUCUUUGGUGAAACUGUAUGAUUACAGUGAUCAGAUCCACCCAAAAGUCAUUUUUGGCAUGUACUGUUUCCAUAUUUACUUCAUGUUAGAGCUUCUGUUAGCUACUUUUGCUGCACUGGCUAGAACCAUGGGGAUGGAGCUGGAGCCACAAUUCAAUAAUCCACUACUCUCCACUUCACUCCAGGACUUCUGGGGCAGAAGGUGGAACCUCAUGGUCACCAGCAUUUUACGCCCGGCAGUUUACCAGCCGUCAUUGAAAGCCACAAUGAAUGUGGUUGGUCCCAGCUGGGCUCCAUUGCCAGCAGUUUUUGCAACUUUUGUGGUAUCAGGGAUAAUGCAUGAGCUGAUUUUAUACUAUAUGGGGAGGAUGCCACCCACCUUGAGGAUGAUGGAGUUCUUUGUCCUUCAUGGAUUGUGUUUGAUGGUGGAGAUUGUGUUAAAGAAGACACUUGGAUCCACGCGGCGGUUGCCGAGAUUGGUGUCCGGACUGUUGACCUUUGGAUUUGUUUCUGCCACCAGCUUUUGGUUGUUCCUGCCUGAGUUCGUCCGCUGUCACAUUGAUGUCAUGGCGUUUGAGGAUUAUGCUGCCUUGGGAGCAUUUCUCAAGAAUCUCAGUGCUGCAUUCUGA